AUGUCUUUAAUUCAUCUCCUUUCUGUCAUUCUGUUAUAUCCUACAUAUAUAACUGCUGCUGGAGACUUUGUUGCAUACGGUGAUUUCAACUGCCAAGAUCAAAAACUUGAUAUUUGGAGCGAUGGGGUGCCAGUUCCAGACAGUACACUUCGGACGGACUACUCGAUCAAAGAUUGGGAUAGUCAUGCGGGAGGUCACUACUACGAGAAUCUAACAUUUUCCGAGGCGGCAAAAACAAACCACACUUUAGACCAACAGCCAAUCCAGGUCGUGUGGUGGAAACUACAGGAAGCAGAUCCGACUUGCCAGUAUAUUAUAAUGAAAGAUUCCCCACGAGGAUGGCAAGUUCUCAACAAGUUACCCGGGGACGAGAUCAUAAGAGCGGAUAGGGAAGGUUGCUAUUAUUCAGCUCUUAGACCGGGAGAUAGCUUGAUUACUAGCUUUUGCUGUGGCCACGACGAUUGUGCCAUCGCAGAAAUCGAGAAGAAACCUGCCGCCAACCCCCAAAAUACUGCGACUGGUGAGGCUCCAAAGUGCUCACUUAUAAAUUCGUAUUCUUCUACGCCUACCGUUGAAGAUGGCCCUCAAAUUGGCGUUACAAGAGCACAAGGUUGCGAAGCUCCGCCUGCAUGCACACAUUCAGUAUCCGAGAGUCAAUCAUUUAGCACGGCAGUGUCGUAUUUUAGAUCAUACACCUGGACUACCCAAACAGGGGUCGAAGUGGGCUUCACAUCCGGUGUCGAUUUUCUCGCAGACGCCAAGUCGAACGUGGAUAUUACUACAAGCAUUGCGCAGAGCUUUAUGGACGAGACGGGGACUGCUUUAACGGUAGGCAAUAUCACAACGUCGUCAGAAGGGUCAAGGCAGGUGCCGGGAACAUUCGCAUUUUACUCCUUCACACCACAGUAUAACUGCUGGAAAGGUGAUGUGAGUUGUGGUAAAGAUCAGGAUGGGGAAGAAAAGAUACUUAAGGGAAUCAAUUUCUGCCAGCCUAUGAUGUCAACUUCUGGAGAUGCUGCAGGAACAUUUAGGAUGGUGUAUAUUUCGGACGGCAGAUAG